CUUCCGCAGCGGCGGGGUCUCCAGGGAGCGCCAUCUAUGGGAACUCAACCUAAGGAUGGAUUUGGCCCAUGCCCUCAGAGCAGGAAGCCGGGUCAGUGUUGCUAAGGGGGCCCGCCUGCUCCACGGGCGCUGACCCUGCGGUCCUACGCGCCCUGGCAGGAGAGCCGGUUCCCGCCGGUGUCUUUGGGGUGGCAAGACACAGGGAGGAGCCUGUCAGGGUCCUGGCCCUGGCGGUGGAGGGAUGGAAGAAGUGGGUGGAGCUAAGGCGGAGCUGUUGCUGCGCUGUCCCUGGGCGCCACUGGCCCCAGCUCACCUCGUCCAGAGACAUGACAGGCAAGCCUGGUGCCGCCGCUGCCACCCAGGAUGGCGAGGUCCCCGAGCUCUCCCUGCCCUGCAGUCCGAGCUACGAUCUCACGCACAAGGUGAUGCUUCUGGGAGACACAGGCGUCGGGAAAACCUGUUUCCUGAUCCAAUUCAAAGACGGGGCCUUCCUGUCCGGGACCUUCAUAGCCACCGUCGGCAUAGACUUCAGGAACAAGGUGGUGACCGUGGACGGUGUGAGGGUAAAGCUGCAGAUCUGGGACACCGCCGGGCAGGAGCGGUUCCGCAGUGUCACCCACGCUUACUAUCGAGAUGCCCAAGCCUUGCUCCUGCUGUAUGACAUCACCAACAAGUCUUCCUUCGACAACAUCCGGGCGUGGCUCACUGAGAUUCACGAGUAUGCCCAGAGGGAUGUGGUGAUCAUGCUGCUAGGCAACAAGGCAGACGUGAGCAGUGGACGGGUGAUACGUUCGGAGGACGGAGAGAUGCUGGCCAGGGAGUACGGAGUUCCCUUCAUGGAGACCAGCGCCAAGACGGGCAUGAAUGUGGAGUUAGCCUUCCUGGCCAUUGCCAAGGAGCUGAAAUACAGAGCCCACCGGCAGGCUGGUGAACCCAGCUUUCAGAUCCGAGACUACGUCGAGUCCCAGAAGAAGCGGCCCAGCUGUUGCUCCUUCCUGUGAAUCCCAAGGGGCUCAGAGAAGGCUCCGAAGGCCCACAAGGAUGCAGCCUUCUCCCCCAGACCUGACUGAUUCUGAGAGACUGAGCCAAUGGAGAAAGAGUUGCGGGACCCAGGGCAUAGCCCCUUCCCAAUUGGGGGCUAUACGCCACCUCUACCCUUGUUCCUGGAGCUUCCCUGUAUCCCCAGGGAGGGUAAAACAUUUAUAUUUCAUUUUAGUGCUACACAAUAUAACGCACGAAAGAACCGCACCAGAAAACCAAGGUAGGGACCUGGUGGCCCUUUGCCUUCCAGUAUAUACGAGGACUCGGGGGCCAGGCCUCCCUCCCACCCAUGCUGAGGGCAGUAUCGCUCUAGUUCACUACCAGGGAACGUGUACUUCUGGGGCAUGAGGGUAGCCAGUGACUCUGUUCCCACUCUCCCUUCAGCUGGAGAAAGGCUAAGCAGACCCCCCUACCCCCCACCCCCUCACCCCACUCCCACCCCCACCUUCAUUUCCUCCAGCUCCCCAGGGAACAACCGGUUCCAAUAAAACGGGCCCCAGUGCUAGGAUCUAGACCGAAGCUUAUCUCUUAUCAGGGGAGAUAAGAACUGUCGAGGUUGGGCAGGGGCCCAGCUGCCCGGAAGGGGGAGAGAGGAAUAGCAGGGAUUGGGUCUGUUUGACUUCAUCUGGCCUUACUAGCCCCACCCCAGGAGGUGCACCCCUUUCCCUCAAGUUCGCAAGCACAAUGGGGCACCUAGAGACAUUGGUUCCUAUUUCCAAACCUCCCGGAAUCCCUGGGGUUAUCUUCUUUUCUGUCUAUGCCCCCGGACACCUAGGGUCACAGUGAAGGGAAGGUUAUUCUCUGUCCCAGCCCUUUGGCAGGUAUGCAGCCCACAGGCUACUUCUUUAAACGGAGGUAGGGCUUCUAUCUCCUGAGUAAAGAGUGAGAUAAAGAGAAACCCUUAAUUCCUAGAGCAGGUGGGGAGCAAACCUCACCCCAUGUGUAUCCCCCUAAACCCAAGUGCUGCCCCUCCCCUGACCACCCACACCCUUUCUUUUCAAACAGACUCCAGGGCCCAAAGGCUUUUCCUCCCCUCCUGCUGGGACAGGUUAGGGAAUGAGGGGUCGUCCAUUUCCUGUUAACCAAAACACGUGUGCAAAACAGGGUCCUGUGGGUUAGUGUGGGGUGGGGAAAGAGGCAGCAAGGAGUUUAAUGUGGGACCAAGGUCACCUGUCUCCCAAAGCCUUGAUCCCAGCAACUGGAAGGAGCAAGGAGACCUAUAUGUCACGACCCACAGUCGCCUUUAUGCCAGCUCUCCAGGCCAGGGGCCGGGGGAGCUAUGCACAUUUCUGAGGCUGCUGCUUUUGCUUUCAAGGCAGAAAUCCUGCUGUCUGGGCAGUGUCAGCAGCUCCAACUUGGGCCCCGAUAAGGAAGCUCUCCGAGGCCUCUCCCGGGACGAGCAGGGAGGAGCCUGACCUUGCCCCAGGCAGGUCACAGGGGAUCCGGCACACAGGCUGCUCUGGGCCUCUCCCAUUUGUGUUUUCAGAAUUAAAUUGCAGUAUUUUGGCAAACACAUCCUGUCCACUGCUUCUCUGAGAUGUGCGUGAGGAGUGAAGGAUCAUGUUGAAAGGAAUGUUAGUGCUCUUUGGAGGAACUGUCAUUAAAUGCCAAAAUCACUAGA